UAUAAAUCUACCAUCCAAUCCUAGGUUAGUACUCGUUAUUAAGAUUAGCAACCAAAUAUAUAUCUUCUCAUUAUUAAGAGCAUACCCAACAAAUACCUAAAAUCCAUCUCUAAAAUAUUGUCUUUGGAAAUUCCUGGUUUGAUUUUAAGGUGUAAAUUAUUAUUUUUAUCUCCAACAGACAUCUUAAAGUUAACUCCCAAUAAUAAAAAGUGAACCCACCAUAGUAACAGAUAAAAAACAGAAAUCAUUCAUUCCAUCCCCACACAUCUAUAAGAGAAAAUUUGGAGCAACUUGUUAAAACAAAAUAUAAUUUAGAAUUAGGUUUCACUUCGGGGUGCUGUUAGCUAUACUUUAUCACCCACCUAAGUUAAUCCUGGCCUUGAAGGGGAUCUGAAAAAAAAUAGUGUGAAAUUAUUCGCCUCAGUUCCCCCUCUCUUGGGGAUUAAACAAACAAGACCUUAUAUGGACCGUGCUUCCAACUACCCCAAACUUCUAAUUUUCUAUCAUAUUACAUCACAUCCAAAACUUUUCUACACACACUUCCAGCUUUUUUUCCAAGCUUAUAAUUUUCCCCAAACUUCUAAUUUUUUUUAGGAACUAAACACAGCAAUGGUCUAGCCCUGUGCUUUAUCCAGUCAAUUUCCCUUAGUGUAUCUAAAAAAGAUUGUAAAAUGUACUACUUUCACUGGCCAGGUUUAUCUAAUCCAUAAUCUAAAAGGAACCGUACUAUCGCAUCUCCAAGACUCCAUGUAACCACUACACACGUCUUACGUCUACACCGUGGAAUCCAACAGCGAGAUCAGUGCGAGGCGAACGCCGCAAGAAUCUCUCUUGACGCCUACCUUCCCAGAUCGAACGUUCCCACCCUCAUCUUCCUCCUCCCCUCCCCUCUCCUCUCCUCUCCUCCCGCUACUCCGGAGACCAGAUGCGCCGCGUCGCCAUGGCCUAGUGGAGAUCGUUCGUGGAGAUCUCCUCCUACGUGCGCGCGUGAAUCGGUCGGGCGGCGAUCGAGCCGAGGUGAGGUGUGUCCAUGGUGGUUACCAAGAUGCGGUGGGCAGACGACGGCGGCGAAGGCGACGACGACGACGAUCUCCGGCUGCCGGGCGCCGGGAGGCGUUCGCCGUCGCUCGGCAUCCUGGCGUUCGAGGCGGCGUCCACGAUGACGAAGCUCCUGUCGCUGCACCGGUCGCUGUCGGAGAAGGAGGUGGCGAGGCUGCGGUCGAACACCAUGCGGGCGGCCGGCGUGGAGUACCUUAGCUCGACCGACCAGGCGUUCCUGCUCCGGCUGGCCUGCGCCGAGGCGGUGGCGGCGCUGGACGCCGCGGCGGCGGCGGUCGCGCGGCUCGGCGCGCGGUGCGGGCUCGACUUCGCCGGGCCGUACGCGAGCCUCAAGGCCGGCGCGCCCGACGCGCGGCUGGACCAGUUCGUGGCGAAGGGGCUCAAGGUGAAGGCCAAGAGGAUGGAGCGGCUCGUCGCCGCCACGGCGAAGCUCUGCGCCGAGAUGGAGGCGCUCGACAAGCUCGAGGCGGCGGAGCAGAAGCUCGCCCGACGUGGGUGGGGCCGCCUCAGCGUGCCGAUCCCCUCGCCGGCCGCCGCCGCCGUCGACGCGGUGGGCUCCGACUCGCUCCGGCUGGGUAUCAGGGCGCAGCGCGCCAGAGUGCGGCGGCUCAAGGAGGAAUCGCUCUGGAGCCAGAGCUACGAGAAGGCCGUCAUCCUCAUGGCCCGCGCCGCCUGCGCGGUGUUCGUCCGCGUCUGCGUCGUCUUCGGCGCCCACGUCCCCGGCCUGCCCCCGCCGCUCCCUCCCGCCGAAGCCGUCCACAGCCGCCUCUCCAAGCUUCUGCUCCACCCAAUGUCGGCGGCGGCGCAGCCCAGGUCGUUGUCAGGGCCCAUCCAACGUCGAGACGUGCCGCUGCGCAUCGAGAUGAGCAGCAACUCGUGCCCGAUCAUACGCUCGCAUUGCCAGCAGCCAUGGCAGACGUCGCCGCCGGGCGUCGACUGGAGGAAGCUCCUCGAGCCGCCGCCGGGCACGGUGGGCGGCGCGGGGCUGGACCUGCAGUACGCGAACGUGAUCACCACCGCGGAGCGGCUGCUGCUGGAGACGGACCACGCCGAGGGGCGGCAGCGCCACGAGGAGGCGCGCGCCGAGCUGUACGCGAUGCUGCCGUCGAAGCUGCGUGCGGCCGUGCGGGCGAAGCUGCGUGGAUGGUGGAGGGAGCGCGGCGCCGCGGCGGCGGUGGCGGUGGAGCUGGACGCGGGGCUCGCGGAGGGGUGGAGGUCGGCGGCGGGGCGCAUCCUGGCGUGGCUGGCGCCGAUGGCGCGGGACACGGCGCGGUGGCACGCGGAGCGGAGCCUGGACAGGCAGCGGCGGUUCGAGGUGGGCGGCGGCGGCGGCGGCAGCGCGCGGGCGUGGGCGCUGCAGACGCUGCGGUGGGCCGACGCGGAGAAGGCGGAGGCGGCGGUGGUGGAGGUGCUCGUCGCGCUCAGCUGCGUCGGCUGGUACGACGAGCGGCGGCGGGUCGCGUCGCUCCGUUUCUGAGCUAGCCGCCUCUUUGGCUUCCACGCCGGUGGCCUCGCCGCAACGGCGCAGCACCGGCAACGGCACGUAGGUACGUGCAUGGAACGGUGAAAAAAUUUAGAAGAACUAGUUUGCCCCAAAUGGGACCGAUUCUUUGUAAAAUACUAGUAUUUUUUUUAAUUCGAUUCUUUGUAUAAUAAUCUGUUCAUAUACGAGUUCCAAGAGUAACACCACGAAAUUGUGUCC